UGCUUAGCCUAAACACAAGACUCAAGCUAGUCACCUUUCAUAAACCUCUUCACAAACAUCCAUGAAAAUCCCUUCAAUUUUUCUUUUAGCCUUAGCACUUUGGGUGCUACUGUCCACAAAGCCUUCUCUCACAGUCUUUGUGAGCAUCAACUGUGGAUCCUCAAAAUAUGUCACAGAUGAAAACAACAUAAGAUGGACUGGUGAUGAUGAUUACAUCCAACAUGGCGUGUCACGCCAAGUCUACUUGGGUUCUGACCCAUUGAGCACUCUUAGGGAGUUUCCAACUAGAAAGAAGAAUUGCUAUUCCAUCAAAGUUCCUAAAGGAGAAAAAGUUCUUACCAGAGCAAGCUUUUACUAUGGGAAUUAUGACAGCAAAUUCUCUCCACCUGUCUUUGAUCUUCAGUUUGAUGGAAACUACUGGGCCACUGUGAACACCUCAAGUUACUAUUAUGUUGAUUAUGAAGCAAUCUAUGUGGCCAAGGGAAACUUCACUAGCAUAUGUGUUUCUCAAACAAAGCCUAACCAGAUUCCCUUUAUAUCAUCCCUUGAAGUUCGCAGCUUGGACCCUUCUAUGUACAGUCAUGUUGAUUCCAAUCAUGCAUUGAAUUUGCAAUGGAGAUCUGCUUUUGGUGUAAAUCAAAGUAUCAGGUACCCAGAUGAUGUUUUUGAUAGAAUAUGGAGAGCAGCAUAUGGUAUAUUGCUUUCAGAAGUCAAAGGUGAGGUAUCAGACAUUGAUAUUAAUACAGCAGAAGAUCAUCCACCAGAAGCUGCACUGCAAAAUGCAGUUGUUUCCUCAGGCACUAAUUCAUACAUCCAGCUUAUCAAUCGGCUUCCGGCGAAGGCACUUCCGGUUUACAUCGCCACUUACUUCUCAGAAUUACAGGAAAGUGCACUUGGUAAAAGAUCCUUCCAAAUGUACAUAGACAACAAGCCCUUUUCAAGUCCAAUAGUUCCUCCUGUUGGAAGUGUGAAAGAAGUGUACAUCACCAACAUGACAGCUUCAGCAGACACUUUGUUUACUCUUCAGGCCACAGACACUUCUACCCUUCCUCCUAUACUCAAUGCUCUUGAAGUUUAUACAAUAAGUGAUGCAUUAACUGCAGGAACAGAUAGCAGAGAUGUGGAAGGUUUGUUACAGCUGCAAUUUGCAUUUGAAGUUCUAGUAGAGUGGAGUGGGGACCCUUGUCUUCCAUAUCCAUAUAACUGGGAUUGGAUAGAAUGUACCACUGAUGCCAAACCUCGUGUAACAGCAUUGUAUCUCAGUGGUUAUGAUCUUCGAGGCACACUUCCAGAUUUCAGUUCCAUGAAUGCACUUGAAACAAUUGAUUUGCAUAACAAUACCAUAGAAGGCACCAUUCCUGAUUUCCUAGGUCUUCUACCUAAUCUCAAGACACUGAACUUGUCUUACAAUAGGUUCAAUGGUUCCAUACCCGCAUCUCUAAAGAAGAAGAACAUAAAAACUGACACAACAAAUAAUUGUCUCUCGGGAAUUAAGUGUCAACCUCUCAAUGAUUCUCCACCACCACCGCCACCUCAACUCUUUUCAGGCGAUGAACCGAAUAAUCCACCGCCUCCGCCGUUGAAUCUUUUUGCUGGGGAUGAUUCAGUAGGAGUGGGAAGUGGAAGCGUGAAGAAUAACAAGCUGAACAUAUUAGUCAUAGUAGCUACUUUGCUACCACUGCUUUUCGUGAAAUUUAUAUGAGAAGGAUAGUUUUGUUUCAUUUGUUAAGAAGAUUAUCAUCAAGAUGUUAAGCUAGUCUUGUACUGUGUGUCUCUUCUAAUGUUGCUUCCAUUUUCUCCUUUUUAUUUUAUCUUUUUCUUUAUGCAAAUUAGCUUGUGUAUUCAAACGAUUCUAUAAUUGUUGGAAGUGAUUUGUGCGCUA